AUGUCUACAAUUGAAAAAUCCAAUGAGCCUGACAAGGUUUCAAUUUCUCCCCUUCUCAAGCGCCUGGCAUACCCCGCCGAUCCCGGGUUCCAAGUUAGCGCGGAUGACAUUGCUUCAGCAUUUGCACUGAUCUUCGAGGACCGAAUUUCGCUCUUUCAGACUGCAGCUUUGCUGACAUUGCUUCAUUCCACUGGCAAGGACAAGCAGGCUGAUGUAAUUGCGAAAUGCUCCCACCGUAUGCGAGAGGCGGCUAGCACAAUUGAAAAGGCUUCUUUGGAGAAGGCUGUGAAGCUGCGGGGUCGUGCUGAGGGAAAUUACAAUGGUGGCCUGUGCGAUAUUGUUGGAACUGGUGGUGAUUCCCACUCAACCUUCAAUAUAUCGACAACCUCCUCGAUCGUUGCCUCCCCGCUCCUGAUGACUGCAAAGCAUGGAAACCGCGCCCAGACCUCUUUCUCUGGAUCUGCAGAUGUGCUCAAGGCAAUCGUUCCUAUUGCGCCCAAUAUCGAUGCGGUCACCGCAGACAACAUCGCGCAAGUGUACGCUGAAACCAACUAUUCCUUCCUGUUCGCUCCCAAUUUCCACCCCGGUAUGAGAUACGCCAACCCCGUGCGCCGUGGUCUUGGUCUCCGAACUAUCUUCAACCUUAUGGGACCUCUCGCGAACCCUGUCGAGUGGGCCAUUGAAGCUCGUGUUGUCGGAGUGGCUUACCAGUCCCUGGGCCCCGUCUUCGUGGAUGCUCUCAAGCAGGCUGGGGCCAAGAAAGCCCUGGUGGUAUGUGGUGAGGAGGAUCUGGAUGAGAUCAGUUGUGCCGGUUACACAAACUGCUGGAGACUAACGGAGCACCCCAAUCCGAACUAUAAGCCUUCCUCUGAGAGUAGUGGCAGUGCCGAUUCCAGUGGUGAUGAUGAGCAGAACUCUCGUACCAUUGUUGAGGUAGAUUCCUUCAAGCUCCACCCUUCAGACUUUGGAGUCAGCACUCAUUCUCUGAGUGAGGUCUUUGGGCGCAAGAUGCCCGAGGACAAUGCCAAGAAGUUGAUGAGCAUUCUUCGCAAUGAGCUGCCUCGAGACGACCCCAUUUUGGAAUUUGUUCUCAUUAAUGUUGCCGCUCUGCUCGUUACCUCAGGCAUUUGUGAGGCUGACACUAGUAACAUGGGCUUUGGCGAUGACGGUAAAGUCAUCACAGAGCGUGGACCAGGUGGUGGACGCUGGAAGGAGGGAUUGCGCCGGGCGCGCUGGGCUAUCGAGAGUGGCCAGGCUCUCCAAUCCCUGGAGAAGUUCAUCGAAAUCAGCAACAAACUUCAAUAA